AUGGAUAUUUCUCGCAUGCAGGCAUAUGCACAAAAUUUGGAGGAUCGUAAGCAUCAGUGGAGGACAGAGUGCAAGCAUGACUGGGGCCAUGGUAAGAGAGCUAGGUCUUUAGAUGCUGUUGAUGAGUUUAGACAAGGACAGAGACAGCAGUAUUUCUAUUUGACGACGACUUCUUCAGAAAGGACUACGGGUGAUUCGAGGAUUGCAAUAAUAACAGGGAGAGGAUUGAGUUACACUUUGGAGGAGGACCCAAGUGAGGAUGUACUCUACAUUGAGACGUACCCAUUUGACAUCAUGUGUUCUAUAGAAACAGACACUCCGGAGAUUCAGGGUAAAUCAGUGCUACAGGUAUCAUCGACUUUGAUGAGAGUAGAGGAGCCUGGAAAAGCGCCGAUUUUACCAAUUCCUCCUUUGGCUAUAGCUGGGCAAGGAAAGGAGAGUCAAUGUUGGGAAUUGAUCCCCAAUCUUUGGAUUAUGCAUAUCUAUCCUGGAGUUAGAUCUCUCUGGAGUGAUUUUUUUGGUAAUUUACCUGAAUCUCUUGGCUACCUAACUUCACUGCUUUAUUUGUCACUUCGUUCUUUUAAUCUCUCUGGUCCUAUUGCAAAAUCUCUUUGGGAUCUUACUCAUAGAGAGUCUUUGCGCCUUCAAAAUAACCAUCUUGAAGGACCAAUUCCUCUAUUUACAAGUGGAUUGAAGAAUCUAAGAAAACUCUGGGUAUCAAAUAACUCAGUUCAUGGAUCAAUAUCAUCUUGGAUAUUCUCUCUUCCAUCACUAAGUUCUUUAGACUUGGGUUCUAACCAAUUUUCUGGUAAGCUCAAAGAUUUCAAAUAUAAUUCAUUCAUUGUGAUUACCUUAAGAGAUUAUAAGUUGCAAGGCUAUCUUCCAAAAUCAAUUCAGAACCUUGUGAACCUUGAAAAGCUUCAUCUUUCGUCGAAAAACUUUACUGGCAAGUUAGAUGUUAGCUUCUUUUCAAACCGCAAACAACUUUCCGAGCUGGAUUUUUCAUAUAAUAGUAUUUCGCUGGCCAAUGAGAACAAAUUCAAGUCUACCUUUCCCGAAUCUCUUACACACUUAGCAUUGUCCUCGUGUGAAGUAGAUGAAUUGGAAUUUUUGAGAUCAGGAAAGCAGCUUUGGGAUUUGGAUCUUUCAAAUAACAAGAUUCAAGGAAGAAUUCCUAAUUGGUUGGAAGUUCUCGAUUUAGGAAACAAUCACCUCAAUGACACAUUUCGUAUGUGGCUGGGGAUUCUUCCAAAUCUACGAGUUUUAACCUUGAGAUACAACAAAUUGCAUGGACCCAUUAUAACUUCAAGUAGUACACAAUUUUUUACUGAGCUUCGAAUGUUAGAUCAAUCUUGCAAUGCUUUUACAGCUGAGAUACAAACAAGUCUUUUUCAAAAUCUGAAAGCCAUGACGAGAAUUGAUCAAAUAGUAAAGGCACUAAAUAAUGAAUAUUAUGAAGACUCGAUAACUGUGGUAACAAAGGGACUGGAGCAUGAAGUUGUGAGAAUCUUGUCUUCUUACACCACCAUGGAUAUUUCGAGUAACAAAUUUGAUGGUCAUAUUCCUAGCAUGAUAGGAGAUGUCAUUACGUUGCAUGUGCUGAAUUUAUCUCAUCAUAGGUUGCAAGGUCACAUACCGACAUCACUUGGAAAAUUAUAUGUAGUCGAAUCAUUUGACCUUUCAUUUAACCAACUUUCAGGUGAGAUACCAAAAACACUUGCUUCUUUUAUAUCUCUUGCAGUUUUAAAUGUCUCCUACAAUCAUCUUAAAGGAUGCGUCCCCAAAGGAUUGCUAUAUUUCAGAACAAUUCAUGUGAAGGCGAUGAUGGAUUACAUGAAUUCCCAGUUUCGGGAGACUGUGGAAGUAGAUGGAGACCAGAGUCAAACAACACAAAGGUGUACUGGAUCAAGAAAAUAA